CAGAGAGAAGACACUUAGAGGGACUUGACUCUCCUCUUAGUGUGCUCCACUGCUCUGUCAAACCUCUCUUUCUGCUCCUUUUCUCUGUGAAUCCUUUCCUCUCAGAGAACACAAUGUCGUUCAGAACUACCAAAACCUCGAGAUCCAGCAGCGUGAGAACUAGUGCAGGUGGAGGAAGCUUUGGAGGUGCAAGUGGAGGAAGCUUUGGAGGUGCAAGUGGAGGAAGCAGCUAUGGAGGUGGAAGGAGCUUUGGAGGUGGAGCUGGAGGUGGAGGAGGCCAAAGAUCCUUUUCCUCACAAUCUGUCACAUAUGGUGCUCGACCACAAAUCUCUAGCUCAUAUCAAUCAUCCUUGAUGAGUGGUAGUGGUGGUGGUGGUGGUGGAUACGGUGGUGGUGGAUUUGGUGGUGGUGGUGGAUUUGGUGGUGGUGGUGGUGGUGCUGGUGGUGGAUUUGGUGGCGCUGGAGGUUACGGUGGUGGUGCAUAUGGCAUCUCUUUCGGUCAAGGCGGUGGUGGUGGUGGUUUCCCUGGUGCAGGUGGUGGGGGCAUCACAGCCGUCACAGUCAACACGCAACUGCUGGCACCCGUUAACAUUGACAUCGACCCCAACAUCAGCACCGUCCGCACCCAUGAGAAAGAGCAGAUCAAGACCCUGAACAACCGCUUCGCCAGCUUCAUUGACAAGGUCCGCUUCCUGGAGCAGCAGAACAAAGUUCUGGAGACCAAAUGGAGCCUGCUGCAGGAUCAGACCACCACCCGCUCAAACAUUGACGCCAUGUUCGAGGCCUACAUCGCCAACCUGCGCAGACAGCUCGACGGGCUCGGCAACGAGAAGAUGAAGCUGGAGGGAGAGCUGAGGAACAUGCAGGGCCUGGUUGAGGACUUCAAGAACAAAUAUGAAGAUGAAAUCAACAAGCGUGCCAGUGUGGAGAAUGAGUUUGUGCUCCUGAAGAAGGAUGUAGAUGGCGCCUACAUGAACAAGGUUGAGCUGGAGGCCAAGGUUGACUCCCUUCAGGAUGAGAUCAAUUUCCUCAGAGCUGUCUAUGAGGCGGAACUCAAUGAGCUCCAGGGACAGAUCAAGGACACUUCAGUCAUUGUGGAGAUGAACAACACCCGCAGCCUGGACAUGGAUUCCAUUGUGGCUGAAGUCAAGGCUCAGUAUGAGGAAAUCGCCAACAAAAGCAAGAACGAUGCUGAAAGCUGGUACCAGCAGAAGUACGAGGAGAUCCAGAGCAGUGCAGGCAAUGCCGGAGAAGACCUUCGCAACACCAAGAGUGAGAUUGCUGAGCUCAACCGCAUGAUUAGCCGCCUCCAGAACGAGAUCGAGUCAGUCAAGGGACAGCGUGUCAACCUGGAGGCCCAGAUCGCUGAGGCUGAGGAGCGCGGUGAGAUCGCAGUGAAGGACGCCAAGCUCCGCAUCAGGGACCUUGAGGAUGCCCUGCAGAGAGCCAAACAGGACAUGGCCCGCCAGGUCCGCGAGUACCAGGAGCUCAUGAACGUCAAACUGGCCCUGGACAUUGAGAUCGCCACCUACAGGAAGCUUCUGGAAGGAGAGGAAAGCAGAGUUGCGGGUGGGGGCGCAACUGCAACCAUCCACAUCCAAUCUUCAUCAUCAGGAUCAGGAGGAGGUGGAGGAGGCGGCGGCGGCUUUGGUGGCGGCUAUGGCAGCGGCGGAGGCGGCGGUGGUGCCGCCUUUUAUGGCAGCGGCGGUGGCGGCGGCGGCGGCGGCGGCUAUGGCAGCAGCAGCAGCAGCAGCUAUGGUGGCGGUGUAAGCAGCGGCUAUGGCGGCAGCAUCAGCGGCGGCGGCGGCAGCCGCAGCAGCUAUGGCGGCGGCGGCAGCAGCGGCAGCAUGAUUAUGAAAACGUCAAGCAGCAGCACCAAACAGUACCGUUAAAAACAGCAGAUGUUGUUCCCUCCAUACUUAUUUUUCUUUCAUUUAGUUCUCCUCCUCUUGUCCCUUCCCUUCUCUCUGACGCUCAGUCAUAAAACGUACUUAACCCCAUUCAACUCUCUUUCUCACAAACAUUUGACCAUUCUCAUUUACCAGAUCCAUGUAAUGGUUCAGCUCUCUCUGACUUUAGUUAUUGUGUCCCUGCUCCCUCUUUGGCACCUACAGUACUACCUACAGAGAUUACUUCAGGAUACAAGUCGAGAUAGAGAAAUGAUUAGAGCAGAAACUGAGAGCAGCAGAAAUGUGAGUCAGUCCUCUCUUCCUUUGAUCAGUCAGCCCGGCUGGCUUUUGGUUGCUAGAUUUGCUGUCAGGCAGACAAGAGGAUACUUGUAGUGUCAUGACACAGUUUCCUUACAAGGCAACAAUCAUUGCACACAAAAUGCAAAGAGCAGCUUAACGUCUUCUCUGUUGUCUCACAUCCUUCAUUUUGAUGUGCAUUUUAAAAUCAUCAAAAGCAGCCACAUAUAACACUCUCAUAAUUUCCUUUUAUGAUUCUCUGGUGUUUGGAUCCUGUUUCACUUUCCAUUUACACGCUGAAAAAAAAAGAAAUACGUAAAAGGCUGAUUGUGAAAACAAGAAUUAUUGUGAAUCUGUACUACCCGAACAUCUGCAAUAAAUCUGAUUUCAUACCCAU